AUGAAGACUCUGGUUCUUCUGGGUGCAGUGCUUGCAGCUGCCUUCGCCAGGCCUGGUGGCAUGGCUAAAGAUGCACACUCACCAUGUUCACCAAAAAGAGGGACAUCCGGCGCUGUCAUCCUAAAAGACAGAACUGGAGCUGUCGUACAAAAAGUAGAUGCCGCAUUAGUUAAUAGUGAAUCGGUCCGAUCUGAAACGGCCGGCACCGAAAUGUCAAAUUUGUCUUCUUAUCAUGAAAAACUUGACAGUUCCUCAGAGAGUAAACUGAAAACCAACCAUAAGAUAGGUUUCGCUUCUGGAGGCAGAUUGCCCUCACCUAGCUCCUCUGCAACUCCGUCAGCUCUUAAGGAUGCUGCUAGUCUCGAGGAAACUUACAGCUCCGAAACGUCCAACCUGUCUCUUCACCCUGAAAAACCUGACAGUUCCUCAGAGAGCAAACUGAACGCCAACCGUAAGAUAGGCGUCGCUUCUGGUGGCAGGUUACCCUCAGCUAGCUCCAACAGUCCGUCUCUAAUGUCGUCAACUCCUAAGACCGCCGCUAGUCUCGAAGGUACUGAUAGUUCCGAAACGUCCAACUCGUCUCCUUCCACCGGAAAGCCUGACAGUUCCUCAGAGAGCAAGCUGAGCCCCAGCCGCAAGAUUGGUCUCGCUACAGGUGGUAAAUUGCCUUCGGCUGGUUACAAUAGCCCGACUGAAAUGUCGUCAACUUCUAAGAAUUCUGCUAGUCUCCAGAAUACUGAUAAUUCCGAAACCUCCGAUCUGUCUCCUUACCCUGAAAGACCUGAUGGUUCCUCAGAGAGCAAUCUGAACACCAGUCGUAAGAUAGGUCUCGCUACUGGUGGCAAAUUACCUACAGCUAGCUCCAACAGUCCGUCUCUAAUGUCGUCAACACCUAAGGCCGCCGCUAGUCUCGAAGUUACUGAUAGUUCCGAAACGUCCAACUCGUCCCCUUCCGCCGAAAAAUCUGAUAGUUCCUCAGAGAGCACGUUGAACGUCAAUCGAAAGGUAGAUCUCGUUUCUGGUGGGAAAUUGCCCUCAGUAAGCUCCAGAACCCCGUCUGAAACAUCGUCGACCCCUAAGACUGCUGCUGGUCUUCAGGAUACUGAUAGCUCCGAAACUUCUAACUCGGCUCCUUCCUUCGAAAGACCUUGCAGCCCCUCUGACAGCACGAUGGACGACAACAGUUCAUCGGAUCUCUCUUCUGGUGGUAAAAUGCCCUUACCUGGCGCUGUGUGUCCCCCUCUAAAAUCGCCAACUGUUACGAAUACAAACAACCUCCCGAAAUUUGAAACCUCCAAUAAUUCUCCAUCCGACUACGAGGCGAAAAAUGACUUACCUGCCAUCAACGAAUUUCAGAGUUUUCCUGUAAAUAACUUGCUAGCUAGUUCUUCUGUCAAGACCCAAGAAAGUGUUUCCAAAAGUCCAGAUAAUAUUGCCAGUAUAGAGACCUCUACUGCAUCAGUCAACAAUCCCAGAGCCGAUUCGCCUGACAGCACCUCCUUUGGGGAUCUUCCUGGCGACAACGUUCCACCAAUUCCGUCUGCUGACCCUCACGCAGAUUCUCCUCCUGCCGUCUCCCCUCGCUAUCCCAUCAGUCACUUUGUUCCUGCUGCACCUGCCACUACUGUUCUCAAUCUGAAGAAUGCCUACAAUUUCUGGCCUUACAGCUGGCUCCUCUACAACCAUCCAGCCAACACGUUCAUCGUCAACGUACCCCUGACAGCGAUGUGCUCACCUCCCAGCUCUAACAACGCCAUGUGUGGUCUUCCCAUAAGCAGUCCGUUUGCUGAUCUUCCAGGCCAUAGAUUCUCACCUGACGUUACUGCUCUCUCCAACAGUGUUAUGGACGCAGUACAGGGUCCAGUUCUCGCAAAGUGGCCGGUCAACAAUGCUGCCAUUCCACAACAGCUGUCAUUGGAUGACUCUAGUAAGAUCCGGGCAGUCUACAACGCCGAGGAUCCAGAAGACGCUGUAGAUGCCGAUGUCGACUAUCCACUUUGUGCCGCUAUCGGUCUAGGGGCUGAACCACUGGUACUACCUGCAGACACCACCAGUUCCGCUGCACCAUCGAGCCCGGCACCAAAUACUGUCACCUUCGGUGCCGUUCCUGUCCGCAUAUGGGCGCCACCAGCUGGUCGAUCUUCGAGCCAGAUUCCACGCAUCAUCAACUUUGGUAGCUUUCCUCUUCCUACCGCAGUCAAACAGGCAACAGCACCAGUGAAACCUGUUCAGAACACGAUCAACUUUGGUGGUGUGUCUGUUCGCACACUGGGGCAACCUGUAACUGUACCACUGAGUGUGACUUCAAACAACAUCUCCGUCGGUGGUUGGCCUGUGAUGGUCCUGAGUGCAGUGCUAGCAGCUGCCAUCGCCAGGCCAGGUGGCAUGUCUGAAGUUGAGCCCUUACCAUGCUCGACAAAGACAAGAGAAUCCGGUGCGGUCAUCUUGAAAGACAGAAUUGGAACCAACAUGCAAGCUGAAGACGCCACACUAGUUAGUAGUGAAUCGGCCGAGGCUGAAACGGCCAGUUACGAAAGGACCAGCCUGUCUCCUUCCACUGAAACACCUGACACUCCCACAGUAACCAGCUUGAAUAUAAAUCGCAAGAUAGAUCUUGCUUCCAGUAGCAAAAUGCCGUCGACUGGUUCCAUUAUUUCGUCUCAAGUGUCGUCAGCUCCCACGAAUGUUGCUAGUCUUCAUCAUACUGAUAGCUCCGAGAUUUCCGGUUCGGCUCCAUCUGCCGAAAGACUUGACAGUUCCACAGAAAUCAAGUUGAAAGCGAGUACUAAGAUAGCUCUCACAACUGGUGGCCAAGUGCCCUCAGAUAGCUCUAUUAGUCAGUCUCAAACGUCGCCAGCUCCUGAGAAUGCCGCUAGUCUUCAGCACACUGAUAGCUCCGAAACGUUUAACCCAUCUCCUUCCGCCGAAAAAGCUGACUGUUCACCGGAGAGCAUGUUGAAGACCGACUCUAAAGUAGGUCUCGCUUCAGGUAGCAAAGUGCUUUCACCUGGCUCCAUUAGUCUGUCUCAAACGACUUCAGCUCCUAAGAAUGCUGCUAGUGUUCAGGAUAUUGACAGCUCAGAGAUGUCCAACUCUCCUUCUGCCAAAAGACCUAGCAGUUCCACAGAAAGCAACUUGAAUGCCAACAGUAAGAUAGCUCUCGCUGCUGCUGGCCAAGUACCCUCAGGUGGCUCAAUUAGUCGGUCUCAAACGUCGUCAGUUCCAAAGAAUCCCGCUAGUCUUCAGGAUACUGACAGCUCCGAAGUUUCCAUCUCGUCUCCUUCCGCCGAAAAAGCUGACUGUUCCCCAGAGAGCAUGUCGAACACCAGCCACAAAGUAGGCCUCGCUUCUGGUGGCAAAGCGCCCUCAACUGGCUCCAUUAGUCACACUCAAACGUCGUCAGCUCCAAAGAGUGCUCCUGGUCUUCAGGAUAUUGACAGCUCCGAGACAUCCAACUCGUCUCCUUCGGCCGAAAGACCUAACAGCUCCUCAGAAAGCAAGUUGAAUGCCAUUAGUACGUUAGCUCUGGCUUCUGGUGGCCAAGCGCCAUCAACUGGCUCCAUUAGUCAGUAUGAAAUGGCGUCACCUCCUAAGAAUGCUGCUAGUCUUCAGGAUAUUGACAGCUCCGAGACGUCCAACUUGCCUCCGUCUGCCGAAGGACCUUGCAGUUCCUCUGAAAGCGUGUUAGACGACAACAGUCCGGUAAAUCUCUCUUCUGCUCGUAAAAUUCACUCACCUGACUCUGUUAGUCCCUCUGUGAGAUCUCCGUCCCUUAAUAAUGUAGAGAGAGUCCCAGAUUUGGAAACCUCCGGUGUCUCUGAACCUGUUCAAAGGCUGAGCGAUGACUUACCUGCCAGCAAUACAUUUCAGAAUCUUCCUGUCAGUAACUUGCGUGCCACUUCUUCUGUUAACUCCCAAGCAAGCGUUUCUGAAAGUCUUGACAAUAUUGCUAGUGUAGAUAUGCCUGAGGCAUUUCAACCUGUCAAGACGCCCAAAACUGAUUCACUUGCUAGCUCCUCCUUUGGGGAUCUUCCUGCCAGCAAUAUUCCAGCGAGUCCCUCUGCUGACUCCCAAGAAGAGAUUUCUCCCGCCAGUGAUCCUCGCUAUCCCAUCAGUAGCCUUGCCCCUACCUCUACUGGGCUUGGAUUGUACAAUGCCGUCAACCAUUGGCUUUGUACCAGGCCUUUCUACAGCCCUCCAGCCAACAGUGACAGUGUGAGCCUUCCGUUUACAAUGACAUACCCAACUCCCAAUUCUAACAAGGGCAAGUUUGGUCUUUCCAUGAGCUGGCCGUUUACUGGUCUUUCUGUAGAGAGUUUCUCACCUGACAUUUUCGCUCACUCCAGCAAUGUUAUAGACACUGCUCACUGUGCAUCUCUCGCCGACGGGCUAGCCAACUUCACUCCGACUCUGCGACAGCUGUCACUCGAUGAAUGUAAUAAGGUCGGAGCAUUCUUGACAACCUCGGAUCGGGCAGACGCUGGCUACAUCCCCGGCGCUCCAGUGUAUAACGUUGUCGGUCCAUCUGCUGCAGCGGUGAGGCUAUCUGCAGGCACCGGCACUUCCGCCGCCCCACGCAGCCAGUCAUCAAACAUCGUCGUCUUCCGUGGCGUUCCUAUCCGCGUAUGGGCGCCGCCAGCUGCACCACCCAAGAGUCAGUAUCCAAGCUCCAUCAACUUUGAUGGAAUUCCUAUAUCUACCGCUGUCCAGCAGGCAGCAGUACCAGUGAAUCCUGCUUACAACAUCUUCAACUUCGGUGGCGUCCCUGUUCAUACCUUUCUCCUGAGUGCAGUACUUGCAGCUGCGUACGCCAGGCCUGCUGUCUUGUCGGAAGCUGCGCCAUCACCAUGCUCGACAAAGACAGGGGCAACCAGUGCUGCCAUCCUGAAUGAUAGAAUUGGAGCAGUCAUGCAAAAAGGAGACGCCGCACCAGUUAGCAGUGAAUCGGCCCAGUCUAAAACGGCCAGUUCCGAAACACCAAGUUUGUCUUCUUCUGCUAAGAAACCCAACAGUUCUCCAGAGAGCAAGCUGAACCCUAACAGUAACAUAGGUCCCAAUUUAGAUAGAAAAACGCCCUCAUCUGACUCUAUCAGUCCGUCUCAAAUGUCACCACAAUCUAAGAAACCCUCUAGUCAUCAGGACAUUGACAGCUCCGAAACGUCCAACCUGUUUCCUUCCCGUGAAACACAUGACAGUUCAUUAGAGAUCAAGUUGAACGGCAACAGUAAGGUGGAGCCUAUCUCUGCUAGCAAAAUGCUCCCACCUGACUCCAUUAGUCCGUCUCGAACGUCGCCAAAAUCUAAGAAUGUUAUUCGUCUUCAGGAUACUGAUAGCUACGAAACGUCCAACCUGUCUCCUUAUCCCGAAAAACCUGCCAGUUCCCCAGAGAGCAAGUUGAACCCCAACCGUAAACUAGGUCUCAUUUCUGGUAGCAAGAUGCCCUCACCUGCCUCCGUUAGUCAGUCUCAAACGUCGUCAGCUUCUAAGGAUAUUGACAGCUCCGAGACGCCUAACUCGUCUCCUUCUGCCGUAACACCUGAGAGUUCCACAGAAAGCAAACUGAACGCCAAUCGUAAGACAGCGCUAGCUUCUGGUGGCCAAGUGCCCUCAGGUGGCUCCAUCAGUGAGUCUCAGACAUCUUUAGUUCCUAAGAAUGGUGCUACUCUCCAGGAUAUUGAUAGCUCCGAAACCUCCAUCUCGUCUCCUUCUGCCGAAAAAGCUGACUGUUCCCCAGAGAGCAUGUCGAACACCAACUAUAUGGUAGGUCUCGCUUCUGGUAGCAACGUGCCCUCAACUGGCUCCAUUAGUCCAUCUGAAACAUCUGCAGCUCCUAAGAAUGCUGCUAUUCUUCAGGAUAUUGACAGCUCCGAGACGUCUAAGCCGUUUCCUUCCACCGAAAGACCUUGCAGUUCCUCGGAAAGCAUGUUGGAUGACAGUUCGGAGAAUCUCUCUUCUGCUGGUAAAAUGCCCUCACCUAAUUCUUUUACUCCUUCUGAAAGAUCUCCGUCCCUUACUAAUGCAAACAGUGAUCAAGAAUUUGAAGCAUCUGGCGUAUCCGAUUCUGCUCAAAAGCCCAACGAUGACUUACCGGGCAGCAACACAUUCCAGAAUUCUCCUGUAAGUAACUUGCGAGACACUUCUUCCGUUAACCCUCAAGAAAGCGUUUCUAAAAGUCUAGGCAAUAUUGCCCGUGUAGAUACCUCUGCUACUUUUCAACCUACCAACAAGCCCAAAGCUGAUUCGCCUGACAGCACCUCAUUUGGUGACCUUGCUGCCAGCAACUUUCCAUCGAGUCACUCCGCUGACUCGCAAGACGACCUCUCCCCUGCCAGUGAUCCUCGCUAUCUCAUUAAUAGCCUUGUUCCUUCUGCAUCUGCCACUCCUGGUCUUGGUUUGCACCAUGCUGCCGGUUACUGGCUUUGUUCCGGGCCUUUCAACCGUCACCAAGACGACAGUGACAGUGUGAACCUUCCCGUUACAAUGACGUACCCACCACCUAGUUCUAACAAGGCCAUGUUUGGUCUUUCCACAAGCACCCCGCUUGCUGAUCUUUCUGGUGAUAUAUUCUCCCCCGACGGCAUUGCUCACUCUAGCAAUGUUAUGGACAAUGCUGGUGGGGCAGUUCUCACAGACAGGCCAGCUAGCUUCACUCCGACUCUGCGACACCUGUCACUCGAUGAAUUAAGUAAGGUCGGGGCAGUCUUGGCGGCUGAGGAUCCAGCAGCAGUUGCCCUCGCUGCUGACACUCCAGCGCUUGCCGUUGCCGGACCAUCGGCUGCAUCGGUGGAGCUGUGUGCAGGCACCGCCUAUUCUUCUGCUCCACAGAGCCAGACACCAAACACUGUCACCUUCGGUGGUGUUCCAGUCCACGUGUGGGCGCCACCAGCUGCACCAUCAACGACCCAGUAUCCACGGAUCAUCAACUUUGGUGGCGUUCCCGUCCCCGCCAACGUCCAAGAGGCGGCAGCUGCUCAUAACACCAUCAACUUUGGUGGCGUCCCAGUUCGUACACUAAGCCAUCCCGUAACUGUGCCACUGAGUGUGAUUUCAAACACCAUCAACUUCAGUGGUUGGCCCGUUCUUCCUGUGGUCAACAGCCUGCUGCACCAAUGA